CUAUUAUAAGUAUUAUUGAAUUCAAUAUUAAUUUAUAUAAUGGCAAAUACGAACACAUAUUCAGCGGUUGUUCUAUUAUGUUUCGGCUUAUUGAAAACAGUUAAUUGUAUAAGCUGCUAUCAGUGUUCCGGAACUGACUCUACCAACCCCUUUGAGUGCAAUGAAUUCCUCGAUAAUGAUAUAGAUAUGAUGGCUAUAAGUUGUAAUAAUAUUCAUGAUGCUAAUUAUUGUAUAAAACAUGUAGGACGUAAUGAAGGUGGUAUCAGCACCAAAAGAUUCUGUUCAUCACUCGACCUUGGUAACUAUUGUAAUUACGUCAGAGAACCUGGUGACAAGCUGGAAUAUAGAACUUGCAUCUACACAUGCAACAGUGAUGGAUGCAAUAUGGCAUCUGCUAUGGGAGUAUCAACAAUAUUAUUGAUGCUUUGUUUGUACUUGACCAAGUAUGUUACUCUCUGAAGACUAAAUGUUUGAAAGAUAUAAGAUUAAUGUAAAUUCCACGUGUAAUAUUUAUAUUAUACAGUUUUUAUACAAUGUACUGCAUAGGUAAUUAGAGUUAUAAAGGGGAUAUUAAAUAUGACUAAAACUUAAUAUGUAAUAAUACAUGAUAAUAUGUACAACUGAAUAGUUUUCCAAAGUUACAUUUUGGAAAUCUUUUUUAAACCGUCCAUAAAUCUAUCAUGUUGUGUGUUCAAAAGUUGUACAUUAAUAUGCCAAUGUAAAUUAAGUUUCAAUAAGAAUGUGUUUAUACAUGUGAUUAUGUAUGUGUUGAUUGAACUGUGUGCUGUGUAAUUGUGAACUAAGAUAAUAUUUAAUAUUAAAGUAUAUUAAU